ACCAGCAAGAAAUAUGCCAGGAGUUAUAUGACACCAUCAGAAAUGCCAAGUCAGAUGAUGGACAUCUUUUGUGUGAAGCAUUCAUACGUGUUCCAAAAAGAAGGACUGCUGCUGACUACUAUGAUGUGGUGACAACCCCAUUGACUUGCUUAAAAUUCAGCAGAAGCUAAAGACAGAGGAAUAUGAGGACAUUGACCAGCUGACAGCAGAUGUUAUGCUGAUGAUCAACAAUGCCAAAGCUUACUAUAAGAAAGACUCACAGGAAUAUCAUGAUGCCUGUGAUUUGUGGGAACUGUAUGAGGAGGUCAGGGCAGAGUUGAUUGAGGAGACUUUUGGAGAACUGUGUGAACCAUACAGAGAUCACACCCCAGCAGUGAGCACGACCAAGAAACAUCCUGAAGAGCCAGUUCCAGACAGUGAUGCCACUGAUGUUGAUGAAUAUCAGCAAGGGGAAGGAUGAUGAUGUUUUGCAGAUAGGUAUCGAAAACCCUGAUGACGUUCAAGAGGAACAUAGAAGACAAGCAAAAGAAGAUAAGGAAGACAGCAAAGAUGGAGAGGAGAUAGGGAUGGAGGGAGAUGCUGAAAUGGAGAGUCCAGAUGGUAAAUCUGAAACACGCAUGGAUGACUCAGAGGAGUAUGAGCAGCUGUUUGCAGCAGUCAUGACAGCUCGAGAUGGAGAACGCAACAUAAGCGAAAUCUUCCAACUUCUUCCCAGCAGAGUGAAAUACCCAGAGUACUAUCAAGUGAUUAAAAAUCCAAUUGACUUGAAAAUGAUUGCCACAAAGAUACAGGAUGGAAAAUAUAGCAAGCUAGAUGACUUAGAGAGGGACCUCAAUCUCAUGAUUAGAAAUGCCCAGACCUACAAUGAGCCCAAGUCAAUCAUUUUUAAGGAUGCCUGCACUUUGAAGAAAAUCAUCACUGCUAAGAAACUAGAACUGGAAUACAAGAGGACAGGGGUUAUGAAGACCAGUGAAAGAUUACGGACAAGGGAGAGAACUAAUGUUCAGAGAUUGUCAGCCGUGUGCGCUGCCCUUAGGUACCAGUCAGAGGAUGACGACACUGCCUCCAGUCAGAUGGACUUUGAAGGAGAUUCAGAUGGCGAGGAGAGUGAUUCUCCUUUCUGGGCACUGUACUUUGCUGUGAAGAACUACACAUCAUCAGAAGGAGAGAUCCUGUCUCAACCUUUUCUUAAACUUCCAAGUAAAAAAUUUUAUCCAGACUACUACAAAGAAAUAAAGAAGCCAAUGUCACUGUACAAUGUUCGCAAGAAAAUCAAGGCAGGACAAUACCAGUCCUUUGGAGAGUGUGUGAGUGACUUGAAUCUCAUCUUUGAGAAUGCUCGAAAAUACAACCAGGAUGAAUCAAAGAUAUACAAGGAUGCAUGCACUCUGCAGAGAGUUCUUCUUGAGAGGAAGCGGGAACUGGAUAAGGAUGGGGCUGAGGAUGAGACCCCGCUGAAUGUCUCUCCUUUCCCGUUGGCGGUAAGUAAGCGAUUCUUACCGUCUCCUUGUUCUCCUUCUGCUGCUUCCAAGACCCAGGCUGUUUUAUCAGUGAGCAGAGAAGCACCACAACAACCCACUGACAUGACCAAAACUGAUAGGGAGACAGAUGAUGAUCUCAUGCCAACACCAAAGACAAAGCGCAGAUCUGAAUGUGAGGUGAAGAAAAAGACCCCAAAGAGGGCCCCAGAAGAUGGAUUGAGGAAGCGACUCAACAUUUUGUACCGAAUUGUAUAUGAGUAUCAGGAUGUAAAUGGGCGAAUGUUGCGGAACAUAUUCAUGGGGUUGCCAUCUCGCAAAGACUACCCUGACUACUACCAGGUCAUAAUGGAGCCUAUAGACAUGACCAUGAUUGAAGCCAAGAUCAAGGCAGACAAGUACCCCAAUGAGCAGGCCCUGCUGUGUGACUUUGAACUUAUGUUCAACAAUGCCCGCCACUACAACGAAGAAGGCUCACAGGUGUAUCAGGAUGCUGACACUUUGGAUCGCAUUUUGCGGACAAAAUGGCGGUCCAUGAGCCAGUCGCGGGCUCUCACAAGCAAGCGGUCAAGGUCAAAAGUAUCAUCACCCUUGUCUCAGAAGCUCCAAGACAUGUAUGAAACAGUACGCGACUACCAAGAUCGUGCAGGCCGAACGCUGUCCACCCCUUUCAUCAAGCUGCCUCUCAAGAGCGACUACCCAGACUAUUAUGAAGUGAUAAAGAAGCCAAUGGACAUGCAGCGUAUACAACAAAAACUACUGGCUAACCAGUAUGAGAGUGUUGAGGACAUGGUGGCUGACUUUGUGCAAAUGUUUGAUAAUGCCUGCAAGUACAAUGAGCCAGAGUCAGUCAUCUAUAAGGAUGCUCUGACACUACAGCGGGUGGUGUUCGAGAAGAAAAUGGAGUUGACUGCUGAGGGUACAAAUAAUGUCCCUGAUGUCAAAGCUUUGGUCCAGGAGCUUAUUCGGAACCUCUUUAUCUCCACUUACAACUCCCAGGAUGACGAGGGACGUUGCUAUAGUGACUCCUUUGCUGAACUGCCAGAACUGAUUGAAAGAGACAAAGCACCUGGUGAUGAGGAUCCCCCAGAGCGUUUAUUGACCUUUGACCAGAUCAAGAGAAAUAUUGACAGGGGACGAUACAGGAGAAUGGAUCGAUUCCAGGAAGACAUGUUCAAAGUGUUUGAGAAGGCCAGAAAAUUCAGUCGAAUUGAUUCUCAGCUGUAUGAAGAUGCAGUGGAAAUGCAAUUGCUAUUCAUCAAAAUUCGUGAUGAGCUUUGUAAAAAUGGAGAGCUCCUACUGACUCCUGCUCUGAGUUACACUGAGCGCCACCUGCAGAAUGCUCUGGAAACAGAGAAGAGAGAAAAACUUGCCAUAGAACAGAAAGAGGAUGAAGAGAAAAAGAAAGGAGGAGAGUCAGAAGAAAAGUUGGAAGAAGUGAAGCUGUCCUCAGAUGAGCCAAGUGAAAAUGAAAUUGUGUACAAAGAUCAGACGUACAAAAUUGGUGACUUUGUCUACAUUGAGCCCAGAGAGGAGAAUCUGGAACCACACAUCAUGGUAAUCGAGUCUUUCCAUGUAGAUGAGAAUGGUGCACGCAUGAUGAAAGGCAGCUGGUUUUAUCGUCCUCCAGAAACUUAUCACCUAGCGACGCGGAAGUUUCUAGAAAAGGAGGUAUUCAAGAGUGAUACAUCCCAUGGAAUCAGCAUGUCUCAGAUCAUGGGGAGAUGCUAUGUUAUGUUUGUCAAGGACUACUUUAAACUCAGGCCAGAGGGUUUACCUGACAGAGAUGUUUAUGUCUGUGAAUCCAGAUAUAAUGUCCGCAACAGGUGCUUUAAGAAAAUAAAGGUAUGGCAGGUACCACGAAAUGAUAGCAUUGGCAUUGUGCCUCGUGAUCUCCCAUUGGUGCCCAUUCGUGUUGCUUCUGUCUUUGCCACAAAAGAGCCCAGUGAGGUCAGGGAGCCAGAUGAUGGUGAUGUCAGCAUUCUAGAAAAAUUUCGAGAGAAUGUUUUGUCUGAGGCGGCACCAGAAGAUGGCAAUACCUACUAUGACCAGUAUAUUCACUCCACAGGAUGUUUGAAACUGGGAGACUGCGUGUAUGUUCGAUCAGACAGAGACUAUCCACUCAUUGCCAGAAUUGAUAAAAUCUGGACAACACCAGUAGGAGAUGCCUUUUUCCAUGGAUGCUGGUUUGUACGCCCUUCAGAAAUUGAGCAUUCACCAACUCGACUUUUCUAUAAACGGGAAGUCUUCCUGAGCUCCAUUGAAGACACAAAUCCACUAGAUAGCAUUAUUGGCAAGUGCUGUAUCUUGCAUAUCAAGGAGUAUUGCACCUCACGACCAACUGAGAUGCCAGAGUUUGACAUCUACAUCUGUGAGUCUAAGUACCAUGAGCUGGAGCACUCCAUCAAGCGCCUUGGCAAGGGACUGAAGAAACCUGCUUUAUCACAGAAAGUCACCGAUGAUGAAAUCUACUUCUUCAGAAAGCCAAUAACACUUCAGAAAGAACCAUCACCAUUACUCAUGCGAGCUCAUGAUGACCAGUCCUCAUUUCUGGACACGGAGAGCAUGAAAGAUGCGGAGGUGGACACCACUAGUGACAAUCUGAAUGCCUCUGUAGAGGAGGCCAUUCCACAGCCAGAAAAACCAGCUAAGAAGCAGAAAAGUGCAAGUGCAAGGCGACAGCCCAGUGGAUACAUUGUAUUUGCUGGUGAAAUCAGGAAGGCCAUACAGAAUGAAAACCCUGACAGCUCUUUUGGAGAUAUUAGCAGAAUAGUGGGGCUGAAGUGGCGCACAUUGUCCAAAGAAGACAAGGAAAAGUAUGAGGAAAGAGCCAAGAGAAUUGCAGAGGAUAUGGCAGCCAAGCAGCAGGAAGCAGAUCGUGCUUUUAAUGAUUCGCUCAACCGUUCCCAGUCUCCAUGGUCAGAUGUCGGCCACUCUUCUCCCAGUGCAUCUUCUGCAGGGAGACCUAACACUCCAGGUAGUAUGCAAGCUGACAUGGAUGGGCUGUAUCCUGCAGGCUACAACCCUCCAUUCCAAGGCGGCUACCCAGCUUACCCUGGCACUCCUGGGGGCCCACCACCACCCCCAGGGUACCCCACUCCCUCUCUUCCUCCCCAGGCCCAGCAAGGAGGCGGGUACAGCGUUCCCAUGCAAGCGGCCGCGUACCCGCAUCAUCAUCAGCACCAGCAGCAACAACAGCAACGUAUGAUGGGCUCACCAUACAGCCACUACCCCCCAGCCCAGGGUCAGAGCCCACUGCAGACUAGCCCCCAUCCCCCAAGCAUGCAUCUUUACCCUAACAUGCCCCUCGGGCCUGUCAGUCCCCAAGGAGCCAAUGGCAUGCCCUCCCCUGGAGGGCAUACUAUGUUGCCACCUGGUGCCCUGGGGCACACAGCGUUGCCAGGUCAGGGUAUGGUGCCUCCACAGCCCCCAAGGCCUCCAUCACCUAUGUUUGUUACAGUACCUCCACGAACACAGCGUCUUCUGCAUUCAGAAGCUUAUCUCAAGUACAUUGAAGGGCUGAAUGUUGAGAACCGCACAAUCAGUAACUUCAAGAAGACUCUGAUUGCAACACCAGAGAAUACCCCAACGCCUAAUGAAACACGUCUACCCACCCACUGGUUGGCCCAAGGAGCUGGUUACCAUGGUAGUGUGACCAAUGCUUUGUGGGCGCUGCGGGACUUGAUGCUUAAGGACACACUCUCCAUUGCACGUACCAUUCCCUUCGAAGACUUGUAGUGAGGUGCACCAGCUCAGUAAGCCAUCAGGACAGUUGCAGCUAGUUUUGUACUUUAAAAGAGAUUUUUCCAUAUUGACUUCUAGAAAGGGAGUACUAGUUAUGCAGUUUUUAUCUUGCAUCACAGUUGUUUUAUACACCAGAUAUCACCUUAUAAACUAUGAAUAUCAAAGGUUUUUAUGGUGUCUGAAAACUUCUUUUGUAUAAAUUUAAUUUUGUUCUUAAACAAGAAUGUGUCUGAUUACAUUUUUAAAGUUUUUUUUUUAAAAUACCACCUGUCACCAUGACUGACUGUUUGGCUCCCAAAGUUGGAAAUGGUAACAAGUAAAUGUGUCACUUGACUUAAUACUAGUCAAAAUUGUGCUUACAAAGAUCUGAGAAGUUCUAGAAAUGAAGAGAAAGAAAAUGGGAAGAAAUACAUGUGAGCCCUGAGUUAACUGCACCUAUCACCAUUAAUGUAUUUCUUUGGCUUUUACCUUUAAUGUAGCAGCUUUUGGAAAAAUCUUGCAGCUGUAAGAUGUAUGGGCAGCUGUCAAGUGUAGUGCAUCUAGAAAAGCCAGCAGUUACAAGCUGUAGGGAAGGUGUGACUGAAGGGUAACUUGCUGGGGAGUGAGGGGUAGGGAAACGCGCACAGAAAAGUUUGCAGAGAUCUUCAGCACCAAAUGUUGCCAGUACAUUCAUAAUAUUAUUCUGAUCAAAUGUGAUGCAAUUCAUUUUGACUAUUAAUUAACUCUGAAUGCUGCAUUGGCAGACCACAGAAACAGCAAGGCGACAUGUUAUAGUGGUUACCAUCGUUCAUUAUGUUGCAUUAUGGUCAGUACUAGAGUCUUAUAAUCACUGUAUAGUGAUGCUGCUCUUUGUUUUGUAUAUAUCAUAUAUUGUCAUUCAUAAUUUGCUAAGGGACAGAAGGGUGAAGGGAGGGUAUUCACUGCAAGUAAAUAAAUGUAUGUACUUUAAAA